AUGUCGAUUUUCCGUCUUUUGGGUUUCAGCGCACGCCACCAAAGAUCUAACGAGGAUAGCUCGUCGCUAAAUUGCGGCAGGUGGGAUUCAUACAAGACUGAUCCUCUCUCGGAAAAUCCGGAACGGCUCGCGGCGGUCUGGCUAGAGACUUCAGAAUGCAAACCUCGUCUUCCCAUUUCCUCAGCGGCAAGUACUGUGGGAUCAAGUGUUCGACAUCAGGAUAUCUCCUCUCAAUCAUCACGUUCUCAACGUGGUCCCGGUCAAAGCCGAAAUUUCAGUAACCUUUCUUUGCCCGUUAUCCAGAGGAAGGGACUAGUAAAGCUCAAGGAGGUCGCCAAACACACCCGGCGAGAAGACUCUGCCGACGACUCGCCAAGAGCCCUAGAGCCUCUCACACCCUCGAAAUUAAUCAGAAUACCUCUCAGAUACCCCAGGGCUAAGCUGACAGCCCCUCCAUCUUCUCAGCCCCAUGAGCAAAGAUCAGGAGGUCGCGCCCGGUCAUUGUCAUGCCUUAAGCCAAUCCGUGACCUAAAUCACAAUCAAGAAACGGAUGAAAACUCAGAGAUGCUUUCGGCCGCAUGCUUCCUACCCAAACUAUCGAUGGAAUCCUCUGUUCUCAGUUGCAUUACUACUUUAGGCGGGAAACAGGUUCCAGAUGACAACGCUAAAACUUGUUGUCCAGAGGCUUGCAGCUCGCCAGCUGCCACCUCAUCAUAUGCUGGUUACCAUAGUCCUUCAACACGGCGACCGCAUAGUGAAAGAGCGCAAUUUCCCCAGACAUAUACGCUGCCUUACCCUGCAGGGUUCCGAACUUCGCAGCCAUCACCUUCAGAAUAUCACUACCCAGCGACCGCACAAGAAGAUGAGAUCAUACAAGACCCUUGCUAUCCCAAAGAGUCUGAUGAUCUUGAAUCUGUCCACGGAUUCCGAUUUCCAUCUGCAGGGCGGCCUGAAAUGGGCUCCGCCACUCAUUCUUCACCACGGCCUCUAACCUCCCACUCGUCAAGUGGAUCCCAUUUCAGCUUCACUUCAAUUUGUCGCUCCCCUGAAGUUUUCAGCUCCCAAACUUUAUCAAGCUCUCGCCCGGCAAGCGAGCCACAACGUCAUAUGUUUGAAACCCAAACCAAUCAGAUGAAUACUCACCGCCAAUCGCAUGUUCGUUCUUUGACCAAGCAGGAGCAUCUGGAAUCACUUUCCUCAACCAAGCACGCGUCACCAUCUAUGUCGUGGUCCUCCGCAAAGCUAAGCUCUUUUCCAUCCUUCGGCCAACAGUCCCGAUCGGGUAACAAUAGCAUUGCAUCCACCUCCGACGAACGCUGUCGCGCCAUUCACUUCGUUGGUAUCGAGAAACCAUUUAAAAUUGAAGCGACCAUGCAACCUCUCUCACCCUACCAGCGCGACAUGCUCGAUAUUAUGGCAGUUCACGGCGAAUCCCUCUUCAAAUCACCAGUUUCGACUGAAUUGACAAUCGAAAAAGAUCCAUCACACAGCAAAGAACCCUCCGAAUAUCCCUCAACGAGGUCAUCGAUAGAAAUGACCCUCAAGGAUAAAAUACUAUCGAAAGCAUCUCAACGGUCUCGUUCUUCCACUCUGGAACAUGUCCAACGAGAUGGUCUUCUUCAAUCUGACGUCCACGUUAGGUCUGCAGAGACAGUAACGAAUGCCAACAGGCGUCUCGCCAAUCAAGCAGAAAAGGCUGGAUCCGAAAGCCCUCUUCGACCCGUAUUCAAACCGGUCGCUUCCCCCCCACGAGAAACUCGAUUCAAGAAAGCCGGCACAUCCAGUCGCCCUUCUACAGCCGUACCAACUACCAGGGCUACCGAAUUUGUCAGACGAUUAUCUCAGUCGUCGAAGAACAAACCAUUUGCCGAACAACGUGACCCAGACAUCAUCGCCUCUAAACAGGACAAGUUCGAAGCUUUAUUGAAAGCAUCUGAUGCAUCCAAGGGUGGAACAUUGAAACUCACAUUGAGCUCCAAAAUCGACAGUCUGGACGAAGCACCAAAUGCGCCCCCAACCUUUUUGCCCCAUUUGAGGCUCAGCUGCGACUUUUUUUCUUUGCGGCCCCGGCACCUGAGUGACUGUGAAACCGAAGUGGUGGUUGAUUCCAAACAGGAUUCCAAAUGA